AUGGCUAAGAUCUCAAGCUCGCUUCCUCCCGUUGGCGAGUCAUUCAACCAUCUGGGCCUUGCCUCCAUCAGUUCUCCUGCCAAUCAUACGUCCUACAGCAGCGCUCAUUCUAGCAACCACGGCUUCAAGCACCAGCUCGAUCAUCCUUCUCAGACUCUGCUCGAUUGA